GGACGAAUGGAAUAGACCGGUCAAGGUAUAAUGUAGAAUAAGGGGAUGUACUGGUUUUUCUUUUGCUAGGGAACUUAAAAAGAAAAGGUUGUCAAGAUGUCUGAGACUGGCGGCGCAUUAGUUAUUCCCAAGAAGGGCCUGACACUUGAUGACCUCAUCGCUGCCAUCGACCGACAUGAAAGGAACUCGAGCAACAUCCCAAAGGUCGAUACUUUCUAUUUACGUGGGGAGAGAGUCUCAGAAUGGCUAGAGCGGGUGGAACAAGCUUUGGUCGGGCGGCCGGAUGUUGUAAAGUUUCAACGCAUCCUUCAGUAUGUCCUCCACAGCUACCAUCAGGAGGUGAAGAAAGUCAUAGAUGCGGCUCAAGGUAGCUGGGAGAGGUUCAAGGAGGGGAUGCAGAGGAAAUACCGCCUGGGAGACGGGUUGUUAACUACCACGGACCUUGAAGCGAUGAACAAAGAGGAUUUUACGACUAUAGGGGCCUUUGUUCAAGAAUUUAAGAAGAGGGCGCGGAAGGUCCAUGGGAUUUCGGAGGAAGCACAGUGCGCCAUCUUCCUGGGGCUACUCACAGCAUCGGAGGCCGUCGAAUUGACGAGACAUGGAGGAGGUAGCACUAAGCUCACCUGGGCCACCAUUAACAGAGGAGUGGAAGUUGGUUGUUUGGACCAGGUGGAACAACGUCACGUACGCCUGCAAAGGCAGAAGAGAAAGGAAAGAGAUGCGACCGCUUCUGGGACCCCGGGAGUAACAAGGAUUGUGACAGACGUAUUGGCACAGCUAGGGUAUGCGACAGAGCCAGUGGUGCAAAGAAGGGUGGUGACGGCUGUUAAAGUAAAAGGAAAAGAGUCAGUGAUAGAGGAGGCUGGCCAGGAGGAGCUUUGGGAAGAGGCAGAGCCAGUGCCUCAACACUUGACGAAGGUCCAGCGCAAAGUGCGUAAUUUGGCGCAGGGCGGACAUGGAUCAGGAAAAGCGCAGGCGCCUCAAACCCAGGCAGCAGCCCCUUUAAAUGUGGCGGCUCCAUCAUCUAGUACGGGCCCCUCGCAAGGCGGGGCGUCCUCCUAUGGACAGUCACCCUGGCAGGUGAUCAAUGCAAUUGUGCCAUGGGGAAGUACGCCGCCAGGCAGUGUUGUAGGGGGUGGGAACCAGGAGCAGGGCAAUCAAGGCAAUGGAGGGAGGGCUGGAGGAAAGGGGCGAGGCAGGAAUGGCGGCGGAAGAGGAAGGCAAUGGAAUGGCCAAGGCCAGGGGUACCAAGGCCAAGGGAGUCAACGCCGGGGGUACCAAGGCCAAGGGAGUCAGGGCCAGGGCUAUCAAGGCCAGGGGUACCAAGGCCAAGGGAGUCAGGGCCAGGGGUACCAAGACCAGGGCUAUCAAGGCCAGGGGGAUCAGGGAAGUCAGGGGUAUGGAAGACCCCGCUUUGACUGGAGGACGGCCAUCUGUCAACAUUGUGACCAGCAAGGCCACACUAUAAGGUUCUGUAAUAUAAGACGGGAAGACGAGAAAAGCGGGCUGAUUUCCUCUACUAUGGAUGGGGAUAUCUACGAUCAAUUUGGGGAGGCCAUUGACAGAAGACUUGGAGGAGAGAGAGCAAGAGCGGCAGCGGGACCACCGCCCCCUGCAAUGUUCAGGCUAUGGCAGGAAAAGGAGGAACCACCGUUUGGGGUGGAAAAAGUGGGAAGUGAUGAGGAAGUGACUCAAGGGCUACGAGGAGGAAGUGAGACGAAAAAGGCCAUAAUCAUCGAGUCAGAUGACGAGGAGGGGGAAAAAAUGGAGCCUCCGUCCGUCCUAUUUGAGAAGAUGAAGGAUUUGCUGGAUAAGAUGGGGAGGCACCAACAGAAGUUAGUGGGCCUCUGUAAAGAAGUGAAAGGAUGGAGGUCUAACAUCCCCACAGUAUUCCUCUAUGACUCUGGUCCGGAGUCAGCGCCUGGGCGACCCGGAGUAAAUGUGGUGAGGUCGUGCCCUCAACCAGGAAUAAGGGGGAGACCCCUCACUCCGCAAGCCCGGCUGGCACAGGCAGCGCGAACGAGGAAUCAAGCCAAGGCCAGUACCAGCCAAGAGCCUCCAAGGGGGGAACACGAACCAGGGAUAAGGAAGGAGGCUGUGGAAGUAGAGGACGAUGAUGACGAAGAGGAAGAGGACGAGAGGCUGCGCAGAGAAGAGGAUCAGAGAGCGGAGCAGCGGGCAAGGAAAAAGGGGAUCAGGGGAGAGGCCGAACCGGUCAUACAGGACGGACCGCCCAAAAAGAAGAAAUACGCGGUCCGGUUGGAAGAAGGAUUUGACGUAGAGAAGGUGAUUGACCGGCUACUAGAAGGGCAUAAUGACCUCAUGACCCUGAAGGAAAUCCUAGCGUCAGCCCCGCGACUCCGCGAUGAACUGAAGGGGAGGUUAUCACGGCGCCUGGUGCCCAAUGUCCAUCUGGGUACGAUCCUGCCCAAGGAGGCAGAGUGGGCAGAGUCAGGUACGAAGAUGGACUGGAAGUGCGUAGCCUGCGGAACGGUGGAUUUGAUGGUGAAGGGUUCCAAAUGCGCAGCAAUGGUGGACACCGGGGCAGAGAUGAACAUUAUUUGGGAGGCGGACGCUAUCAGAUUCGGGUUGGAUAUAGACCGUUCUGACUGCGGUAUUCUGCAUGGAGUCAGCUGUAAGGCCGUGUUUUGUGGGACAGCCUCGAAUGUACUCGUCGAGGUUGGAAAGGUGAAGGUCAGGGCAUGCUUCUUCAUAAUGUCAGACGUGGACCAUGGAAUCCUCCUCGGGAGGUCAUUCCUAAGUAGGACAGAGACCGUGAUGUUCAACAAAUAUGACGGGAUGUUGAUCCUCCUCUUAUGCGAUCCUGCCUGCGGAAAUUAUGAAAUAAUUACUUGCAGGAACACCGGGCCAAGGAGUAUAAGGAACCGGCCCAAUCCAGGAUCAUUCACAAUCGAGGAGUCGGAAGGGGAGCGCAGGAGGCUCUGGGCAGAGCCCGAAGCAGGAGAGGGGGUAGAAGCGUUUUCCCUCAGCCUGUCUGAUGUUGGGAAGGCCAUGGACCUGGUGGCCGCGCAUGAGAUGGUAGAUCCGGAUGCCAUCCAGGCCUUGAGGGAACAAGUUCUGGAAUGCCCUGAGGCAGGAAGGUUGRAACUAGUAUAUCGGCUCCCAGGCAGUGGAGGGAACCUCGCAUCAGCGCAAACACAAUCUGAGCGAACGCUGAUGGUGGAAUUAAUGAAGAGAAAGCAUCGCGCCUACGCGUUUAGUGACGAGGAGCGUGGCAGGCUCGAUGUAGAUAAGAUAACUAUGAUCCGCAUCCACACCGUGCCACACGAGCCUUGGAACAUGAGAGGGGCACGAUAUCCCAAUCCUGACGAGGAAAGAAAGGUGGUGGAUUAUCUCGACGGCAAGAUACGUACUCACGUCGCCGACUAUUCAAGUGGACCGUAUGCGUCCCCGUGGUUCUGCUUUAUUAAGCCUAACGCGACGCUGCGGUGGGUGCAGGAUUUGCAAAGAUUGAAUGCAGUGACCGUGCGAGAUGCUGGAGGACUGCCGAACGCAGACGCGCUGUUCGAAUCCUGUGCUGGAAGGCCUAUAAUUUCGCUUAUAGACCUUUACUCAGGAUACGAUCAGUUCCCAGUCUACCCGCCGGAUAGACUGGUGACAGCUAUGCACAUGCCGCGAGGAUUAGUCCACAUGAACGUGGCCCCACAAGGGUGGACCAACGCAGUAGAAAUGGUCCAACGGGCCAUGAUUCGGGCCAUGCAGUCAGUCAGCUUCCAUAUCACACAGCCGUACAUUUACGAUUUGGCAGUGAAGGGGCCGGCGACGAAAGAGAGCGACGAAGUUUCACCAGGGGUAAGGCGUUUUAUCUGGAAACACAUUCAGGACCUCGAAAAGGUCCUGAGCCUGCUCGAAGAGCAUAACCUCAUGGCAAGCGGGGCCAAAUCCAGACACUGCAUGAAGGAAGCGACUAUCUUGGGGAUAGUCUACAAUGAGAAGGGCCGAAGGCCGGAUGUGAAGAAGAUGGACAAGAUUACUGAGUGGCCAGUUCCGUUCCACUCAAUAACUGAUGUCAGGAGCUUCCUUGGUACGUGUGGAUUUUGGAGGGCCUUCGUCCAAAACUUCACCGCUAAGACUGAACAACUGAGGAAGUUAGUCCAUCAAGAUCAGGAAUGGGUAUGGGGUGAGGAACAAGAAGAGGUGGUAGCAAAAAUGAAGGAGGAAUUUCGAGAAGGAGGGUUGGUGUUAGGAGCGCCAGAUUAUGACGCCACAGAGACGCGACCCUUCAUUAUCGAGAUGGAUGCGGGGCCGACUGCCUUAGGGGGAGUUCUAAUUCAGGCAGACAUGGAAGGGAAGGGAAGACCCUUGCGAUUUGAGAGUCGGACUCUCUGUACGACGGAGAGGAACUACUCUCAGUUCAAGAGGGAGACCCUUGCUGUCCUCCAUUGUCUGCGAAUCUUCCGGAAUUAUAUCUUUGGCAUGAGGUUUAUUUUGAGAGUGGAACCGACCGCCCUGGCCUACUCUCUAAGGAAUUACAUUCCAUCGCAUCCGACCAUUGCCAGAUGGCUGACGUACAUCUGGAUGUUCAAUUUCGAAUUGGAACGGAUUCCUGGUAGUAAGAACCAGGCGGACGGGCUGAGUCGGAGCAACUGGGAUAAGCAAGAAGAGGAGGCGGUGGAGAAUACGCCCCCAGUUGAUGGAUUUCUGGAUCAGGAAGAAGRUGUUCGUCUUCAUAUCAACAAAUGGUCGCCGCGAGUGCCUAGCUAUGUAGGCUAUCCUAUCUGGCAAGCGCCGAAGGGGUAUGAAAGGAAGAAUGAGUUAGUUCUUAAGCCCUUUGAAGAAGAGGAUCCCUGGGGCGGUAAGGAUGUUCAGUGCAUGAUGGAAUUAGCGCUGGCCAGCUCGCAUAACCUAGUGGAGGAUAUGAGGACGAUUGAGGAAGGACCUGGCCAGGUAGAACGGCAUGAGGACCUCAUGGGAGGAAUGUAUCUCCUCGUCAAUACGUUAUUGCAGGAAAGCCUAGACCAGUCGGGCUCGUUGAACCCGGCAGGGAAUGGGGACGAAAUACCCGAGAGCCAGGACGACGAAUUCGAAGAAGGGGAAAUUAAGGAGGUUUUUCGUGCAGAGGAGUACGACGGGAUCUACCUAGAGCUGGGGCUUCUUCUGUCAUGUGAAAUGCGGCUAAGAGAUGCGAGCGAUAGGGCUCAAAGGAUGCUGCAACGCUACUUAGUGCGAGACGGUCACYUUUUCGUGAGAAGGGAAGUGRGGAAUCCYAGGAGGGUCRUYURYAGUAGGAAUCGUCAGAUCGACGUCGUAGCAGCACUACACGAUGGCAUUGCAGGAGGGCAUCGAGGGGUACAAGCCACGUAUGCCAAGAUAAGUGAGCUGUCUGACUUUACGAAGACAGCCAUGCCAAGAGGAGGGAAGAGGACACGACCGCCUCAGAGGCCGUUGGGCGCAUCAGGAGGAUAUGAGCGGCAUGGGCCUCGCCAACGAGAGAGUACUCCAGUCUACAAUGAUGGGGACAUCGAGCUAUUCCUGGACAGUUUCUGGGAGCAUGCGAGGCGUAUAGGCUGGACAGUCACUCAGGCGAUUGAGAGAUUGAGAGGAGCAGAUAUCUCUCGGUGGAGGGCGUCACGUCAGGGUGAGGAGCAUGGAGAGCAGACAGAGGAGGUGCCACGAGAGGAGGUACCACAGGAAGAGAUCCGAGGUACUCAGCGAGAGAGUGGGAUGGGCGAUGAGGGGAGACGUGCAGGGAAGGAAGUGAUAGAGGUUGGAGAGGACACGCCCCCACAGACGCCAGCAGUGAGUUUGAGACUCGGGGAUGCACCAGGGAGCACCCGGCCGGCAAAUGAGGGGUUGCAGAGAGAGGAGACCCCUUUACCUUCGUUAGAAAAGGCUCCUUCGCCAGAAGAGAGGGCAGCUGUAAGGAGAGAAGCUUUGAUCCUGAUUGAUAAGCACCUAGCAGCUCAUGCCCAGGAGCACCCAGACCUGGAGGAGCCAGCACCUGCAGAGCCACGCCAGGAGUCAUGCCAGCACGAGAAGGAAAUGGAAGCAGAAAUCCCAAAGAGGGUCGACCUCCGCACGAGGGAAAGGGUGCCAGCUGGAGAGACGGCCGAAGAAAAGAGGGCAAGACGAACCAGGUGGAUAGAUGAGAUAUGGCAGGAGAGGCAGAGGUUAGAGGCAGCUUGGGAGCUCCCGGAGCAGCAGCAGGAGAGGCGGAGAUCGGAGGCAGCAGGAGCACUCCCGAGUCAGCCGCCCAGCGCGCCAGCCAAGGCCCCGGAAAUUCCUGAAAUGUGGAGAGACUUCUGGGAGCAGAGAGGAGAGGUGCUUCCAUCGCCAGUCAGAGCCGGGUCUGGGUUGCUUGGAAGGCGGAAGAAAGGUUAGAUCGUAAAAUCAAGUUCCUGGCCAAGA